CAUGAGGUAUCUUCCGUAGAAUUAUCUCCACCCUUUCGUCCAUCAAAAGCCUCCUAACUUGCAUGGCGAGCGGCGAGCGGACCCUGACUCGAUCAAUGCGCAUCACCAGAGCCUAUUGGGCUAGAGAAACCUUACCUACCUAGGCACUUUAUCUCUCUCCCGAGAGCUCGCCGCCGGGUCCAACACUUUGCAACGCAGCGGCGAUAAAGUCGCGCGGCUUCUUUCACCUACCUUCCCUGCUUCAUCAUGGCAUCUAAAGUCUUGGCGAGAUCACUGGUCUCUGUCACGGCCGCCAUUGGUGUGAGAAGGAGCUUUGCGACAGCGCCAAAGAGCUUGUUACGGGUUGAGCAGAGGCAAACAGCACGGGUCGUCAUACCGAGGCAAAGAAUACAACAGGCCUUCCAACGACGAACAUAUGCAGAGAUCUCGCCGGAGACACAGAGGGUAGUAAAGAAGCGGUCAUGGAGUCUCCUUAAGUGGACGUGGCGGUUGAUAUGGGUUGGCUCACUGGGAGGGUUGGCGUACGUCGGAUACGGCAUCUAUCUCGGUCGCACGCCAGCGCAGCAGGAAGAUCCGGACCCCAAGAAGAAGACACUCGUCGUGCUUGGCACUGGCUGGGGCUCCGUCUCCCUACUGAAGAAACUCGAUACCGAAAACUACAACGUCAUUGUCAUCUCGCCGCGCAACUACUUCCUCUUCACCCCUCUGUUGCCAUCAUGUACGACAGGCACCAUCGAGCACCGCAGCAUCAUGGAACCGAUCCGUAACUUCCUUCGCCAUAAGAAGGCCGCUGUCAAGUACUACGAAGCCGAAGCGACCAAGAUCGACUACGAGAAGAAGAUGGUCUACAUCAAGGACGAAUCGGAAGUCAAGGGUAACGUCUCCGCAACCGAAGUGCCAUUUGACAUGCUAGUCGUCGGUGUCGGUGCCGAGAAUGCAACCUUCGGUAUUCCUGGCGUACGUGAGAACGGUUGCUUCCUUAAAGAGGUCCCGGACGCUCAAAAGAUCCGAAAGCGCAUCAUGGACUGUGUCGAGACGGCUACCUUCAAGGAUCAAUCACCAGAAGAGAUCAAGCGCCUACUGCACAUGGUUGUCGUUGGUGGUGGCCCGACCGGUGUUGAGUUUGCUGGCGAACUCCAGGACUUUUUCGAACAUGACUUGCGCAAGUGGAUACCGGAGAUCGCGAACAACUUCCACGUCACGCUUGUCGAAGCCCUACCCUCUGUCCUGCCCUCCUUCUCCAAGAACCUGAUCGACUACACCGAGCAGACAUUCAAGGAGGAGACGAUUGAGAUCCGAACGAAGACCAUGGUCAAGAAUGUCACGGAGAAGUACAUCGAGGCCGAGUUCACCGAUGCGUCAGGCAAGAAGCAACUGGAGCAGAUUCCAUACGGCUUACUUGUAUGGGCUACUGGCAACGCCCUGCGACCCGUUGUCAAAGACCUCAUGUCACAGAUCCCCGCGCAGAAGGACUCGCGACGUGGUCUGGCUGUAAAUGAGUACCUCGUCGUGAAGGGCACAGAGAACAUCUGGGCUGUUGGUGACUGCGCUGUGGCGAACUACGCACCCACGGCUCAAGUGGCGGCGCAAGAAGGUGCUUUCCUCGCCCGCCUCUUCAAUCAGAUGGCGAAGACGGAGCAGAUUGAGCUUGAGCUGGCGAAGCUGUCAGACGACCAAAGCAAAGCUCCCAAGGAGGCGCGGGAUCAGAUCUUCAAUACCAUGAAGGACCUGCAGAAGCGGCUACGUCGGGUCAAGCAGAUGGGUCCGUUCGAGUAUUCGCAUCAAGGUAGCUUGGCAUACAUUGGGAGUGAGAAGGCUGUGGCGGAUAUCAGCUGGUUGACCGGUAACCUGGCAACGGGCGGCCAGUUGACGUACGUCUUCUGGAGGUCGGCGUAUCUGAGCAUGUGCUUCAGCAGUAAGUGCUCAUCAUAUGAAGUGAAGUUGGUUGGAGGCUAACUUAUUCAAUAGCGCGCAAUCGCAUUCUCGUGAUUAUGGACUGGCUGAAGACGCAGAUGUUUGGACGCGAUGUCUCCCGCGAGUGAUUUUUCUGGGUUUUCUUGCAAGCAGCUCGUGAGAUAGAUAUGCA